AUAAGUACAAUCUUCUUUUGCUAGCGUUGAUCUUUCAGCAUAUCUCCACCCAAGAUCUUGUCUUGCCUGAAGCAGCAGCACUUAAAUCUAUAAAAAAAGACUGCCGAGAAAGAUCUCAUUUUUACUGUAAAAGACGCAAAAAGCUUCCAUGGCUUCUCCCAGUGGGACUUCUUCUGGGUCCAGCCUGCUGCUCCCGACCUCGGGCUCCGAAGAGGAUCUGCAUGCACUGAUGAUGGACCAGAAGAAGCGAAAGCGGAUGAUAUCGAACCGUGAGUCCGCGAGGCGGUCGAGGAUGCGCAAGCAGAAGCAUUUGGAUGAUCUGACGGCGCAGGUGAACCAGCUGAGGAAGGAGAACAGCCAGAUCCUGUCAUCCCUCACCCUCACCACGCAGCAGUGUUUCGCUGUGGAGGCCGACAACUCCGUUCUGCGCACCCAAACCAUGGAGCUCACCAACAGGCUGCAAUCCCUCAAUGAGAUCCUUCUCUUCUUGAACGGAAGCAACACCAUCGUCCGCAAUGGCUUCCUCAUCGGUCCAUGGAGCUCCACGUGCACGAACCAGCCCAUCAUGGCUUCAGCAGCAGACAACCUGCUUCAGCAUUGAUAGAUAAGAAGCCAUGGAUUGCUGUCAAAGGGGGGCUGGUAGCUCUGCUGUUGCUAGCUGUGCUCGUCAGUGAGGAGGACUUUUGUCUAUCUUGGUAUCUAUUGUACUUUUGUGUGUUUGGGUGGAAUGCGGUCAAGAUAUUUAAGCCCUUUGGAGCUUCAAAGUGCUCAAAGUAAUGUGACCUUUCGAGUGUCUUUUAACUAUUAAGACUCUUAGUUUUAUGCCAA